AUGGAUGUAGACAACGGUUUCAGCACCAUUGGACAUAAGCUUUCUGCUUCACCGAAUAAUAGGAUGCACCAUUGGAGGGGAACAAAACCCGUCACCUUCGAGGAUGAGUUCCCUGUGUUGGAGCAACAACACGACUAUAAUCUUCGACAAGAUGUUCAAAAUGAGUUCAUUAACGACCACAGUGCUGCAAUCGUCAGCAUCAUCCAGGAGGCAAGGAAUCUGGGAGCAAUCGAAAUGACUACGAUGCCCGUGAUACAUUACACCAACAAGGAGGAGUGGCAAACUUCCAGGAUCAAGCGGUUAUAG